AUGCUGAAUCAAUCUAUCGAUAAUGAUCAGGGAAUGUUGACAGUCUUUAUUAGCAAGGCUAAAGAUUUGCCAAAUUUAAACAAAUUAGACAAACAAGACGUAACCUUAAGGUUACGAAUUGCCCAUAUGACAAGAGAAAGCGAAAUCCAAAGAAGAGCAGGCCAAACGCCAAUAUUCAACUAUUUGGAAAAGUUUCAGAUGACUCCUGAUGUGCAACGGGUCAUGCAUAUUGAAUUGUAUUGUGAAAGAAAGAAAAAAGCACCUCUCCCGAUUGGAAGAUGUGAGGUCGAUUUAGUGAAUGGUAUGAGAGCAGAUCCAAAGGAAGGCUAUUGUAGCUGGUAUGAAUUAAAGCGUGAAAAAAAUGAGUUUGCAGGCACAAUUUUUAUUGAAUUAACGUAUACACCAAUUCUCCCACGUAUUCACAAGAGCCAAGAUGGUCAUAACACAAGAAGAGCAGAUGCAUCAAUAGCAGCUCGCCCGAUCCCACCUUUACCACAUGAAACCCAAUACACGAGAGCUUUCCGCCAAGAAGAUGUUCAGACCCCUCCAUACCUCAUCUCAAUUACAAUAUACUUCGCAAUAAAUAGAUCAUCAUCUAGAUCACCUGAAAGAUAUAUGCAUGCUUCCAACCUCAGACAUGCAACUCCUUCAGCGUUCAAAAAUAGUAAUGGUUCAUAUUACUCCAGUAAAUCUGAGAGCGUAGAGGUUGAUGAGUUCAUUAAUACCGAAAGAUCAAAUGGAUCAACAAACAAUAAUUCAAUUUCGAACUUUACCUCUUCUGUAGAUACGAGUACCUCGAUGAGAUCACAAGAAUCUGCUGGUACUACGAGUACUAACACAACAGAUACCAGAUUCCAUUUUGCUAAUUUAAGGAAAUUAAAAGAGAAGAUUAAUGUUUUUAAAAAUCCUUUGCCUAGUUCUGAAUUACAAAAUGAAUCAAAUGAAUCUCCUGUCGAUAUUGAGGCUCUUCAAAAGGCCAUUGGAAUCACUUCUGUAGAGUCAGAUAACUCCGAUGAUGAAUAUUUACACUCGACAGACCAUGAUAGUUAUGGAGGUAGUAAUAAUUAUCAACGGCCACAGGGUCAUACAAGAGUUUCUACUAAGGGAAGCAAUAGGUUUUACAGCGAGAAAACAAAUGUGCCUGAACUUCCUCAAGUGCCAACUGCCGGCCAUGCAAGCAGGAGCCCUACUAAUAACUCAUACGAAAAUUUUUCAUCAAGAUCCUCUUCAGUCUUGCCAACUUUACCUGAAUUGAAUCAUGAACGCUCACCAAGACAUAGAACACCUUCAAAGAUUCAUUCUCCAGAAAUCCCACAAUUACCGAAUAGCCCUAGGUCUAGGCAACACUCACAAUCUCCAUCGAGAAGACCACCUCCUCCAAAUUUUUAG